GUAAAUUGCAUGUACAACACCGUAAUAAUGGCGGCGGUAGGAACGUUGGAAGACGAAGCGUUGAAACGAAAGGAGAGAUUGAAGAAUCUACGCAAUAAAACAAAUAAAAAUGAAAGUGAUAAUAGCGAAUCUGAUAAAGACAAGGAAAAAUUACCAAAACCUGUAUUUAGAAGUUACAAGCCAGUGAAUGACAGUUUAAAAGACAGUUCUUUACCACAGACUAAACCAGCAGAUGUGACAGAGAAGAUACAGGGACAUAUAGAAGCUACUAAAACUGACACUGUUAUAGAAGAAGUGGAUUUAGUAAACCUUGCACCUAGAAAGCCAGACUGGGACCUCAAACGAGAUGUUGCAAAGAAAUUAGAAAAAUUGGAGAGAAGAACUCAAAGAGCUAUUGCUGAAUUAAUACGAGAAAGAUUAAAGAAAAGUGGUGAAGAUCUCGCACAAGUAGUGAGUGCAGCAACAGCCAAUGAUGAUGUUGAUGAUGAUGAUGAUUGAUUUAUGAUGAUGAUUAAUGUUUAUGAUGAUGAUGUCAGAUGACGAUGAUGAGUAUUGAUGAUGAUGAUGAUGAUGGAAGCAAUACUUGGCUAUUAAACCUAUUGAUGCCAAUUCAGACUAAAUUCUAAAGUCUUAAAAUCAAAAGACAGCGGCAAUAUUGAUCAUUGAUAAUCAAUGAUUUAAACACAAUUGUUAUCUGCAUAGCCUGAUAAAAGAGGACAUUUGAAGUUUAUAUGAGUAAUGACGGGAUGAUGAUCGAAGAAAAUGUUAUAAUAUAUGAUAUUUAUUAAAUGAAAUGAUACAGUGAUUUUAAAAACAAAUGGGUGAUACAUAGACACUGACUUUUUUCACCCUUCCAUUAAAAAAAUUUGUGAAACAGUCUGAGUCAUGAUACUGUGGCAUGGCAAUGUUUUCAUUCAGAAUUAUAGUAGUCUCAGUGGUGUUUGAUUUUGAUUUUUGAAUCACGUACCUGUCAAUACUAUGGUUUAAAAUAACUAUAGAUUUAUAAGGUAAUGUCAUGAGAGUUACCAUAUAGCACAAUGUUGAUUGUUCUACAGUGCUUGAAGUUCUUUAAAGAGUAGCAGCUAACAAUUAAAUAUUUUUAUUUGACUUGAAAUUCAGCCAUGAAAAAAUUAAAUGAUUCAAGUUUUCUGACAGUAUCUAUUACUAUCUAAACAGCUUUUUUAUGAAAAUAAUGUUUUCCACAUUGUAUUUAACUACAUGUUUAUUGUAUUUAACUCUUAUGUUUAAUUGUUUCUCAAUAAAUAUGUGCUACUAAAUGUUGAGAUGGUGAAGAUUUAACUUAAUAAAUUAUAUAUAAUUUA